UGGAUGCAGGCACAGCUGUAGCCAGCUCUGAGAAGCCCGAGAGUUCAGCUGCUGUCUCUGUACCCCUCGCACCGGCUGCCAUGGCCAAGGGGGAGAAAGCCCGGGUCACUCCAGGGGACAAACUCACAAUGAAGCACCCUGAACCUGCUUUCACCAAGGUGCCACCACAGACUCAUCUGGAUCAGAAGCUCUCUGUAUGUAGCAAACUCUGUUUCGCCAUCGGAGGAGCACCGAAUCAGGUCGCCGGGAGCGCAACAGCAUUCUUCCUUCAAAUAUAUCUACUGGACAUUGCACAGAUUAACCCAUUCCAGGCCUCCAUGGUGUUGUUCGUUGGCAAGGCCUGGGGGGCAGUUACUGACCCCAUUGUGGGAUUCUUCAUUACUAAAAGCAAAUGGACAAAGAUUGGGCGACUAAUGCCAUGGAUGGUGGGCUGCUCUCCAUUCAUGGUGGUCUCUUACUUCUACCUUUGGUUUGUCCCACCUUUUACCAAUGGGAGGUUCAUCUGGUAUAUGGGCUUUUACUGUCUCUACCAAACUCUCAUCACAUGUUUCCAUGUGCCUUAUUCUGCCCUGACCAUGUUCUUGAGCACCGACCAGCGCGAGAGAGACUCUGCUACAGCUUACCGUAUGACGGUGGAGGUGCUCGGGACUCUGGUGGGUGCCGCCAUUCAGGGUCAGAUCGUAGCGAGUGCACACACUUUCAAGCACUGUCCACAUCGAAACCUGACCACUCAGCAGGGAAACAGCAGUGGCACAGAGAUCAUCCGAUCCCUGGCGCUGUCACAGGACUUCCUGUCUCAUGCUAAGGAAGUGUACAUGAUAGCUGCCGGAGUGAUCGGUGGGCUGUUUCUGGUUUGUACGGUGGUCAUGUUCCUGGGAGUCAAAGAGAGAGAUGAUCCCUAUGCUCCUAAAUCGGACAAGGCCAUUCCUUUCCAUAAGGGCUUUAUUUUGGUCAUGAAGCAUGGGUCCUACCUCACUCUGACUGCGGCUUUCCUGUUCAUAUCCGUGGCCAUCCAGUUGAUACAAAGUAACUUUGUGCUGUUCUGCACAUAUGCGGUGGAGCUGCGAGAACACUUUCAGAACAUUGUUUUGACGAUUCUGAUGUCGGCCGCAGUGAGUAUCCCAUUCUGGCAGUGGUUCCUUGAGAAGUUCGGGAAGAAAACAGCAGCUUUCUGCGGCAUUACAUGGAUAAUGCCGUUCACGGUGAUGCUGGUGUUCAUCCCAAAUCUGAUAGUGGCUUAUGUGGUGGCCGUAUCAUCUGGGCUCAGUGUGGCCGCUUCUCUCUUGUUGCCAUGGUCAAUGUUGCCAGAUGUAGUGGAUGACUUCAGACUGGCAAACCGCAACUCAAAAGGACACGAGGCGAUCUUCUACUCCCUGUAUGCUUUCUUCACUAAGUUUGCUGCGGGCAUUUCUCUCGGAGUGUCGACGCUCUGUCUACAGUUUGCUGGUUAUGACACAGGCGCGUGCAGACAGCCCCCUCCUGUGGUCUACACGCUCAAACUUCUCAUCGGAGCCGCCCCCGUGGCCUGCAUCACCGCAGGCCUCAUGAUCCUCAUGGUGUACCCCAUCAGUGAAGACGUCAGGUUACGAAACAAAGUCGCACUGGAGGAGCUCAGAAGCCAGAGUAUUACCUGCAAAUCUCUCAGAGCUGAGCUGAGCAGCGCGUGACGUCCUCAAACAGCCGAUCCUUAUAUUCUAGCCCAGCGCUGGGAUGAGUGGUGUUAGUGUAUAUUACACUGUGUGACAUAUAUCAUUUAGUUUUUCUGUAAACAUUUCUGUUUGUUUCUGUAUUCAGUCUGCUUCUGUAUUUUCAAGUGAGCAUAUAGCCACAUAUACAGUUUAAUUACAGUAUCUAAUUUACACCCGUGAAUGGACUACAUAUCAUUAUACUGUAUAUCAGGAUUUCCUGGGGGAAAAUUGACUGAUAAUAUAUUGUUUAAGUUGUAUUAGUGAUUAUCAAUAUUAGGGAAUGGAUUACAGGAUUAAUACAAAUUGUGCUGGUUCACAUAGCUUCAGCAUAUUUUGAAGACGCUUCAAUAAAUAUAAUAUCGAAUAUUAUUUGGAUGAAUUCAUGUAUCUAUCCAAAUGUUUUUGUACAGUAUGUUUUUAAACAUAAGCCUGAAUGAAUCUUUACAUUUAAUAUAAAUAAUAAUCAGGCAAUGCAAAAUGUGUAAAGGUGGACUUGAAAUGAAGAUGUUUUACUUGUUUUCUGCUUAAACAUUUCAUGUUUAA